GCCGCUUCUGAUCUCGACGGCUCGCUGCCUGCUCGUCGGACGCUGUCGCCGCCUGCCUCGCCGCUCCUCCCCGCCCGGCGCCCAUCGCCACCUCGCCCCAGCCAGCUGAAAUUUCUGACAGUGAUCAAUUUUCACCCUCUACGUCGGCCGUUGCUCCGUUAGUCAGGGGAGGAAAUGGCUCGCGCGGCCCCUCCGCUCUCGGCGCUGCUCCGCCGCCUCUCUUCCCACCCCUCCCACUCCCCCGCAUUCCACGCCGCGCUGCUCAAGUCAUCUUCCCUCUCCAGCCCCAUCCCGGCCACCGCCCUCCUCACCGCCUACGCAAAAGCCGGCCUCCCAGGCGCCGCCUCCCGCCUGUUCGACGAAAUGCCCGUGCGCGACGCUGUUGCCUGGAACGCGCUCCUCGCAUGCCACGUCCGUCACGCGCGCUGCGGCGCCGUCGCUGAAGUCUUCCGCGGCAUGGCGGCUGCCGGGUUCGCGCCAACGGCCGCCACCCUCUGCACCAUGCUCAAGGCCUGUGCUUCCUCCCGUGCCGUGCGCCCCGGCCGCCAAGUGCACGCGCGGAUAGUUCUUGCGUGCCACGGUGAUGUCAUUAUGACUACAGCUCUUGUUGAUCUCUACAUGAGCUGCGGCUGUGUCGAGGAGGCGAAGAGGCUGUUUAUCCACACGGACUGCCCCAAGGACGUGGCGCUGUGCAACUCUGUUCUUUCAGGAUGCGUGGAGAAUGGCCAAUUCCAGGAGGCUUUCUUGAUGCUGGGGGGUAUUGAACUCAAUGGAAUCACACUGACAUGCGCUCUCACAGCUUGCUCAGCCACAUCAAAUCUUGAAUAUGGUCUUCAAGUGCAUUGCAAGGUUCUCCGAUGCGGGUUUGAUUCUGAGACUGUCCUAUGCAAUGCACUUAUUGACAUGUAUACAAAGUGUGGGCGGACAACAGCUGCACGAGUGGUGUUUGAUCGGAUGACUUGCAGAAACGUUGUUUCCUGGUCCAGUAUGAUUGAUGGUUAUAGUCGCCGCGGGCAUGGCAAAGAGGCUUUGGAUUUGUUUGAGAGGAUGGAGAAAGCUGUACCCAUUGUCUUGCCUAAUGCCAUUACAUUUCUUGCUGUUCUCUCAGCUUGUGGACACUCUGGUCUUGUGGAUGAAGGCCGGGCCAAGUUACAUUUGAUGAAAAGAAAGUAUGCAAUUGAUCCAGGACCAGAGCACUACGCAUGUUUUAUCGACAUGUUAGGCCGGGCAGGACUGAUUGAUGAGGCAUGGCAUCUCUACUGUUGUUUACGUUCGAACAUAAGUGAGCUCCAUGGUGCUAUCUCUGUGGCUAUGCUGAGUGCAUGUAUGGCUAACAUGGAUGUGGCAAGAGGAAACAUGGUAGCUGAGCAUAUUCUGGAGGUUGAUCCACAGAAUCCUCGAAAUCUUGUGUUAAUCUCAAAUUUUCACUCAGCUGCUGGACAAUGGUCUAUAUCGGAUGAGUCAAGGAAGGUUAUAAUGGACAAGGGUCUCAAUAAAGAAGCAGCUAGUAGUCAUGUCUGCAUUGGCUAAAAUUAAUUUGCACAAAUAUGGAGGUACAGUUCAUCAACUUACCUGCAUACACUAUGAGUGUAAUCAACAAUUGCUUUUUCUUUUACAACAAACCAACAGAUCAAUGUUGCUAACGGGUUCGUGGUGGGGGCUCUUUUUAUUUAAAAUCUAUUAUGCCUUGAACUCACCCUGAACCAUCCAGUUUAUCUUGGUUUUUAAGUGCUUAACUGGGUCCUACGACAGUUGCGAUUAUUUGAUACGUGUACAAGGACUAAAUGUGAACCAGCAUAGUGAGGUCACAUGAUCAUCAUCUGGAAUUGUCAAAAAUUGUUCCAUCAAAACUCUAUCCUGCACAAAUUAGUUUAGGUUUUAUGCAUGUGUAACUGGCAUACUAAAACAGAGGUGAAAUAACCAAUUUCAACAUCAGCUUAGCUUGAUGGUUCCUGGAGAUCAAGUUCUGCUGGUACUUGAAUAUAGGCUACAACAGUAUUCUGAAAUUAAUCAUGAAGUUCAAUCUUUUCGGGACAACGCAAGAAGGGCUUGCAUUUCAUUGCUUUGGAAAGGAAGGGAGUCUCGGUUACAAUCCUCCUAGGAGGGAACGUGGUACUGAAGUACAUGUCCUUUUCUGGAUAUAAUGGUGAACUGUAAUCAAAAUUUGGAUCCUAAAGUGCAGUUUAUCUGACUGAAGCCUCAUGUACAAGUUUCCCUGGUCCUCCUAGCAAUAUAAUUACUCCAUUUAUCUCUUUGUUCAUGAGAAGCAUGUAAUAAUAGACAUAACAGAGCAAUACCACACAGGCUUUAAGUUUCAGGACAUGUUAAUAUUUUCAGAGAUAGGGUGCAUGUGAACCUGUUAAAUCAGCACAAAGGUACAUGUGCUAGCACGUAGUGAUCUUUGUUGAAAUGAUUCCCUAUAGAUGCUUCUGUAGUCUACAAAUCAAUAUCAUGACGAGUACACCUUGUAUUUAACCAUGUUGUGAAUCACUCCCUAAUUUGCAUAACAAGAUUAACUAAUUGUCUAAUUUUAUCCUCAUGCAUGUUGACAAGAACAAGAUACUACAUGAUCGUGGCUGACAUGAGAUGCAACUUGGCUAUUCUUGACUUUAGCCUACUGCUAUAACAGUUUAGAAAUUACAUGGUUAUAUAUUUCUUUGAUCAGUCAGUUGAACUGAAAGAAAAAACACAUGAUAAUAUGAUAUUGUCUUUGGCCUGUAAUUUACUUCUAUGUAAUGCCUUGAGAAGAGAAGGUGAAAAAUCUGAGAACAGAUGCAGUGCAAUUUGCUCCUUAAAGAUCAUAUGAUGAAUAUGAAAUUGGAGAUUUCAGUA